CCAGUUGAGUGUUGAGAUUGUGAGAUGAGAGUGUGGUGAUGUCAAUGGCUCCGAAGCUACUGUCACCCCUCUUCCCAUGGCUCAUUCUCCUAACCCUCCUUCUCUUCUUCCUCCACUCCUCCCUCCUCUCCUCGUCUCAACCCAAGCGAAUCCCCACUUUACCCUCCUGCGACUACUCUAACGGCCGCUGGGUCCAAGACCCCGACCGCACACCCGUGUACGACGAGACCUGCCCGUUUCAUCGUAACGCCUGGAACUGUCUGAGGAACAAGAGGGACAACAUGGGUCUCAUCAAUUCAUGGAAAUGGGUGCCUCGUGAUUGCGUGUUACCUCGGAUCGACCCGGUUCGGUUUCUGGGUCUGAUGAGGAACAGGAACAUUGGGUUUGUCGGUGACUCCUUGAAUGAGAAUAUGUUGGUGUCGUUUUUGUGCACGCUUAGAGUUGCGGAUUUGGGGGCUAAGAAGUGGAAGAGGAGAGGGGCUUGGAGGGGUGCUUAUUUUCCCAAGUUCAAUGUUACUGUUGGGUACCAUCGAGCUGUCUUGCUCUCUAAAUAUGAGUGGCAGCCAAAACAGCAUGCAGAUGGUGAUCAAGAUGGACUGAAAGGAAUUUAUCGAGUGGAUGUUGAUAUUCCUUCUGAUGAUUGGGCAAACAUUGGUGAUUUCUAUGACGUCCUUGUUUUCAACACUGGCCAUUGGUGGGGCUUUGAUAAAUUCCCGAAAGAGACUCCUCUUACUUUCUAUCGCGCGGGUGACCCAAUAUUUCCUCCACUUGAUAUAUUAAGUGGAUUUAAAGUUGUUGUCGAGAAUAUGGCUUCAUACAUACAUAACAAAAUUCAUCAGAAGACAUUGAAGUUAUGGCGUUUACAAUCACCGAGACAUUUUCAUGGGGGUGACUGGAAUCAAAAUGGCAGUUGCUUGUUUAAUAAACCCCUUGAGGAGCAGCAGCUUGACUUGUGGUUUGAUCCCAGCAACAAUGGACCAAAUAAGGAAGAAAGACUGCUGAAUCAUCUCAUAGAAGACGCAUUGCAAGGAACUGAUAUUCAAUUGCUGAACCUGACUCGUCUGAGUGAGUUCAGAGCAGAUGCCCAUCCAGCAAUUUGGUUGGGACAGAAAGAUGCUGUCAAAGUCUGGGGCCAGGAUUGCAUGCACUGGUGCUUACCUGGUGUACCAGAUACAUGGGUUGACAUUUUAACAGAACUGAUCUGUACCAGUUUGGAUAUUGGAUGAUGAACACUUUGUUGAAGAAAUGGGUCUAAAUUGAUUCCAGGACCGGUUCUACAGAUGACGCAGUUAGCUCUAACCCUUCCCCAUAUGCAGAGUGGCAAAGAAUAUUGACAACGUUUUGAAUGGAGAGCAUACAAGCAGGUCACAAGUCUGAGUAGGAACUUAGUGACACCGUUUUGAUGAAGAUGUUCCAUAUUCUGAUAAGGAAAUUUAGAUGGUACGAAUUGCACCCAACUUGUAACAUGCAGAGGGAAAACAAGAAACAAACUUUUCAAUGCUCUUUUUAAAAAAUUUUUAAUUCAUUUUUUGUUCUUCGAAGAACUUGGGGAUCAGAUCUCCAUUAUCAAUGUAGAAACAUUGCAAACAGAAUAGUUCACACAA